AUGAUUAGCAGGCCUUUUUUGUUCGUGAAACCCCUGCUUAGCUCCCUCUAUUACCACCAGCACCGCCGUUGCCUCUGCCUCUUAACCACGGAAUCAAGCCAAGCGUACCAAACACCACCGUCCCCAGUCAAUGAAGAUCACCUUCUCCGAGUUUGCACCAUCCUCUUCCAACAACAAGAUUCUCCAGACUUCAAACUCCACAGCAAACUUUCCUCCAUUGACUUCAACCUCACCCAUGAGUUCUUCCUUCAAGUCUGCAACAAAUUCCCAGCAUCUUGGCGGCCCGUCUACUGCUUCUUUCAAUACACUCAACAGGCACCUUAUUCACAUUUCACUCACACCUGUGUGUCGUUCAACAAGAUGCUUGACGUUUUUGGAAAAUCAAGAAACAUUGAUCUCUUGUGGAGUGCUGUUCAGGAAAUGGCAAAGCGUGGUUUGGUUAAUGAUAGGACUUUUAUAAUUGUUUUGAAAACAUUGGCUUCAGCAAGGGAGUUGAAAAAAUGCGUUGAAUUUUUUCACUUGAUGAAUGGAUGUGGAUGUGAGUAUAGAGUUGAGAGAUUAAACAAGGUGGUGGAGAAUUUGUGUAAGGGUAAGCUUGUUGAGGAGGCAAAGUAUGUGGUUUUGAAGAUGAAGGAUUGGAUUAGGCCUAACGGGGUUACUUAUGGGUGGUUGGUUAAGGGGUUCUGUGAUGUUGGUGAGUUGAUCGAGGCUUCAAAGGUCUGGAAUUUGAUGGUGGAUGAGGGAAUUGAGCCGGAGAUCGAGGUGUUUGAGAAAAUGAUGGAGACCCUUUUCAAGAGGAAUGAGUAUGAUGAGGCAUUGAAGGUGUUUCAGAUGAUGAGGGUGAAUAGAAUGGAUGAUUUGGGCCUCUCAACUUACAAGCUUGUGAUUGAUUGGAUGUGUAAAAUGGGUAAAGUUGUGCAAGCGAAGGCAGUAUUUGAUGAAAUGCGCCAGAGAGGAAUACAAGCAGAUAAUUCAACUUUGGGGUCCCUAGUUUAUGGGUUUUUAACAAGAGGCAGACAUGCAGAGGCUCAUAGAAUUGUGGAAAGGAUUGAAAAACCAGAGAUUAGGGUGUAUCAUGGACUGAUUAAGGGGCUCAUAAGGUCAAGGAGGCCGAGUGAAGCAACACAAGUGUUCAGAGAGAUGAUAAAAAGAGGUAUUGAGCCUACAAUGCACACAUAUAUUAUGCUAUUGCAAGGGCAUUUGGGGAAGAGAGGGAGGAAGGGGCCAGACCCACUUGUAAAUUUUGAGUCCAUUUUUGUUGGAGGUUUGAUUAAGGCUGGGAAGUCAUUAGAAGCCACCAAAUAUGUAGAGAGGACAAUGAAAGGAUCACUUGAGGUGCCUAGGUUUGAUUACAGUAAGUUUUUGCAUUAUUAUUCAAGCGAGGAAGGAGUGGUUAUGUUUGAGGAGGUGGGGAAGAAAUUGAGGAAGGCUGGGUUUGUGGAUUUGGCAGAUAUACUGCAGAGGUAUGGGGAGAAAAUGGCUACUAGAGAGAGGAGGAGAAACAGAGCAGUUGAAUCAUGA